GAAGAUUUGUUUAGCUCAUCGCUGCUCUUUCUUGAAUAAACUUUUUUUCGUUUCUUCUCAUCUCAUUAAUCUUGUCUCUCAAUUGCUCAACAAAGUUUAUCUCAAAAUGUCAUCCUCGACUAUUAAGCAGAAGAAAUUGGUUGAUACUUUAUCUGUUGCCGAGAAGGUGGAUGUUGUGCUAGCAUAUACAAGUAUCUUAGGAAAUGCAUUCUUCAGUCUGCUGACCGGUAUAUGGCGCACGAGAAAUGCGAAGAGGGGAAGUUAUAGGAGACAUGUCCUUCUUACAGCUGUGAGGACUAUGGUUAGGAGACUGAGUACUAGACAGAUCUUAUAUGUCAAUCCAAACACAGAUAAUGCAUACGAAACCGUCUGCAAGCAGCGGGGUGUAGAGCCCUUGAGCGAGACUUUGGAGGAUGGAACGCAGGCCCACUGGAUAGGCGAAAAAGGAGCGAAGAAAGUGAUGCUCAAUUUUCAUGGAGGUGGAUUUGCACUCCCCGCAAGUCCCGAAGCUGUCGAAUAUAUGUUUAAGGUUGUGGAUGGUGCGGAGAAAGAGGGAAAGAGUUUGGCGGUAUUGUUCCUAUCUUAUGAUCUUUCCCCGAGUGUGGUCUACCCUCGACAAUUGGAACAAGCUGCCGCGUUGCUGAAUCAUGUCGUUCAAACCUUGAACAAUAUUCAAUCACUUUGAAGCAUUGAAACGGCUUUGAUUUGAAAUAAUAAACCUAUGACAUCGAUGAUAGUAUCUUCAGAAUCUCAAAUCUAUAACUUUAAAAUGAAUUACAGUCUGGCUAUUGGAAACGAUUAAGUCUCAUUAUCAUAAAUUAUCAAGACUAACUGGCAUAUCUCCAACUUUUCAGCUACCCUCCAUCCUCCAUAAUUCUAGCUGGCGACUCCGCGGGCGCAAAUCUCGUCCUCGCUCUGCUGUCUCACAUCAUGCAUGGUCAUCCAAAUGAAAGCAUUCCUCGAGUCAGCUUCUCAGAACCACUGGAUGGAGCUGUGCUCUUAGCACCUUGGGUCACAUUUGCCACGAGCUCUAAAUCAUUCGAGACGAAUGAAUACAAAGAUCUACUCCAUCCCUCCGCUAUCAAAGUUUGGUCAAGCGAAUAUCAAGCUUCUGCUCCAUCAGAUAACUACAUUGAACCACUCUACGCUUCCUCGUCGUGGUGGUCGCGUCUUUCCACCACCGUGUCAUCAAUCCUAAUCUUAGCUGGUGAAAAUGAAGUCUUUGUCGACGAUGUGAAAGCCUUCACGGAUAACUUGCAGAAAGUAGGAACGGAAACGGGAGGUGUGGAAAUUGAGUUGUUCGUGGCGGAGAAUGAGUAUCAUGACCAACCUAAUUUUGGGUUUGGAGAGGAUAGUCUUGGAAAGAAGGGUGGCCAAGGGUGGAAGAUUGGGAAUUGGGUUUGGGAGAGAUGUUGAAUGGAUCUUGAGGUAUCAGGGAUAGAUCGGAUACAGGCACUGGCUGGUAUGGCUACGGAAAUGGAAAAUGAUUGAGGGAAAGUGGAAAUCCGAGGUGUUCUGCGCAAUUCAGUAAACCUAGUUUGAGUAUCUUCCUCGCAUCAUAAUUACAAUAAUGAUUGUUUUUCUACAAUAUGUUUCUAUUUUACAGACGAGAUCGUUGUCCGCUUUUCAUACACAAUACCUACACA